UGCCGGGCGAGAUCCCGAUCAUCUGGAAGUGUGACUGACGUGGUGACUUACGUUCUGCAACGACAUCAUACCUUCAAUCUCCGAAAAGCUCCAACACUUCCUGUAUUCCAGUUUCGACAACACAGUUACCCUCGUUUCUGCAAAACAUCCACCAGACCGAACCGCUCCCUACCUGUCAUCAAAGUACACGCAAAACGAACCCAAGACAAACCACCAAAGACAAUGAACACUGCGCAAUCCCUCCCACGAUUUCUACUCCCACGGCUGAGCUGGCAGGGUCCUCUCUCGCCAAACGUAGCCAGAACUGUUCCGUCCAUCCUCCCGCAAGCCCACGAUCAGCAACUACGAACAUGGCAACCCCUCUGCUCUUCAAGAUCCUUCCACUCGAGCCAACCGACUGAUCACGCCCAAUGUACCGCACCGAGCAACAAGCCGCGGUCGCUUAACAUAAUCGCCCGCAACCCAAGUCUAAGACGCUCAUUCCAUGCUUCCGCGGCACGCAGGCGCGACCACCACUUCGACACACUCAAGUUUGUCCAGCGCCUACAAGAAGAUGGGUUCACAGAAGAGCAAUCAGUGGCCAUGAUGAAAGUCCUGAACGACGUGAUCGAAGAAAGCAUACAAAACCUCACCCGAACCAUGGUCCUCCGCGAAGACGCCGCCAAAGCGACCUACACGCAGAAAGUCGACUUCGCCAAGCUGCGCAGCGAGCUACUCUCGGCCGACAGCACCGAGUCGAACACCACCCGGGCCGCCCACGAACGGCUGACCAACGACAUUGCCAAGCUCAACAGCCGGCUACGCGACGAGAUCGGUCGUACCCAGGCUAGCGUCCGGCUCGACCUGAAUCUAGAGAAGGGCCGCAUCCGCGAGGAGGCCGUGUCGCAAGAGCUCAAGAUCAAGGAGACGGAGACCAAAAUCGAGCAGGAGGUGGCAGCGCUGAGGCAGCAGCUGGAACAGGUCAAAUUCCAGACACUGCAGUGGCUUAUGGGUGUCUGCACCGGUUUUGCUGCGUUGUUGCUCGGUGCCUGGCGUCUAUUGAUGUGAGGUAUCACCGGGAAGACCGGGAGGGUGUGUUUGUUAUGUUUGCUUGAGGUUGGAGUCUUUUCCCUGCAUGGGAAAGAGUUGUCGGGAUACCUAUGGUAUAACUACUGAGCGCUAUGCUUGUUUGUUGUUUGUGCCUGUCAAAGAACCAAGGAAUCACUUUCACAGGCACCACGUUAAAGUCCGGCCCUAUUUACUACUCAAAGUUUGAGUGCUAUCGUUUGCAUCAAAUAAGGGAUGAAACUGGUGGUCAUGGUUCCUUUGGUUAGCUCCACAAGAACGGCCGCGGACAAGUGUUGAUGGUAC